AUGGGCAGUGUUGGAUCUGGAGAUCUUCCUGAUAAUAAGGGUGAUAGUGGCUCAAAAAGUUCUAAAUUCAGAAUUCCUAGCUUGGGUUUCUCUAAAGUUGAUAUUAGUUCUUCUAAAGUAUCUCUUGAUUCUCCUUUACCAAAAGGGGAUAUUACUCUUACUAAAUAUCAGGUUAAUGUUGCAGAAUCUGAAUCAAAAAUAUCUUCUUUCGUUGAUGAAAAUCUUUCAGGAACAGAUUUUGAAAUUUUAAAUGGAGAUGGUUCUUUUGAGCAAGUGAGUCUGAAGCCAGCAGGUAGAACUGUAGCUCCUGAUGUAUCUCUGGGUGAUUCAGAAGUUACCAUUAAAAUUCCUAAAUUCCGAAAACCAAAAUUUGGUCUCUCUUGGUCUAAGGAAAAACCAAUAGAAUGUGACAUUGUUUCCAAAGUGCAGUGUGAAAUUUCCAAGGGCAGUAUAACAUCUUAUUUGACUGAUACUAAUACUGAAAAACCAACUCAGAUCCCUGAUGCUGAAUUAGGUAUAGAGAUGCACAAGCCUUCACCUGAUGUUGUGCUGGGUGCACCAAAGUGGGAUGACAGUCUUCCAUCAAUGGAAGGUACCAUGCCAAAAUUAGAAGUGGAUAUCCAUGGCCCAGAUUUAGAGUGCCAGGCAGAACAGGAAGUAGUCUCAGGAGAGAAGGACACUGAUGAAAAAGAAAACAAAUUUAAAACAUCCAAGUUCAAACUGCCUUCAUUUAGCUGGUCACCAAAGAAAGAGUCUGCUGGUCCUUCUGAAGCUGAGGGACAUCUGGAAAAACCCAUUUUGCCUACUUUAUCUGGAGACACAGUAUCUGAAUUAACAUUUCCUGCCUCUGAGAAUCAUCAUCUUCAGGUGGAAUUAGAUACAUCAACAGAACAAGACGGUGAAAAGGGCAGAAACAAGAAGUCCCAAUUUAUCAUGCCAAAGAUCUCAUUCCCUAAAAUAAAGGGUCAGAAAGUCCAGGUCUCUCUGCCUAUAUUGGAAACUGAUGUUUGUGGUCCCAAACAGGAAAAAGAAGGUGUUACAGUACAGAAAUCUGAGAAAGAGAGUAGUGGAGAAGGGGCAGGAAUGGUCACAAAAAUGCCAAAAGUUACAAUCCCAACUUUGGAAUUUUCCAAACCAGAUGUCAGAGCUCCCAAAAUAGACGUGGAUAUUAGUAUGUCUAAAGGUGAGGUCAUACUCCCUACAUGUGAAGACAAUGACUUGACAUUGAAACCAGCUUCUGCUAAUGCCAGCCUCUCCAUCUCAGAUAUUAAGAUGUUAACUGAAGGCUCCCUUGAGGUGAAGAGUCCUGACACAAGUGUUGAAAGAACAUCAAGUGAAAUCACUGUGGGUGAUGCAGAAAUUAACAUUGGAGGUCCUGAAGGGAAAAUAAAAAUGUCUAAAUUCCAAAUGCCAAAGUUUGGAAUUGCUCAUUCUAAAGGGAAAGGAUUAGAAAAGGAGGUCAGCCAAUCCAAAUCAGAAGUCAAGGUUCCCCAGCUAAAAGCAACAGUAGAAAUAGCUGACAUUGCUGUUGAAGCACCAAAUUUGGAGGUGGAAUAUGAUUAUAGAAAAGAACCUCACAGCCCUAAAGUCAAAAUUACCAAAGCUGACAAUAAGGGAUUAGAGACUGAUGUUCACCUCCCAUCAAGUGACAUUUCUAUUCUAAAAACAGACAGUGAUAUUCAGGAUUUAGAUGCAGCACUAAAAAUCAAAGGGGAAAUAAAGGGAAAUGGAGAUGGAGAAGAGAAGGAAGGACAUUUCAAAAUGCCAAAAUUCAAACUUCCAUCCUUCAGCUGGUCACCAAAGAAGGAAGCAAGUGUUAAAUCAGAUUCUAAAGCAAAUUCUGAAGACCAUAAACCUCCUAUAAUGUCAGACAGAAUAGACACAGAAGUGAGAAGAACUGCAACUGAUGAUCAAGGUACUGGGCCAGCCCUUGAUCUGGAAAUAUCUGCAGAGAAAGUUGAACAAAAAAGUCCAAUUAAAAAGCCUCAAUUUGUCAUGCCUAAAAUUUCACUCUCCAAGAUCAAGGUUCCCAAAUCGCAGACACAUUCACCAAAAGCUGAAGUUGAUGCUACUAUUCCUAAAACAGAAAGAGAGGGUCAUGAUUCCAUACAGAUACCUGAUAUGGAAAUAAGUAGUUCUGAAAGAACAGGGGAAGGGGCCCAAAUAAGCAUAAAGCUGGCUGAUGUUAAGAUCCCCACUCUGGAGUUUUCCAAAAUAGAAACUAAAGCCUCCAAAACUGAUCUGGGAGUCAGCUCGGCAAAGACUGCUGCUGCUCUGCCCGCCUCAGAGGGCGGUUUUCAACAGGUUGUCCUAAAACCAAGUUCUACCGAUGAAGUUACCAUUCAAAAAACAGAAAUUAAGCUCCCGAAAGGAGAAGCUUCAAUUGAACUGAGAAGCCCUGGAAUAGUAACAGAAAAAUCAUCAGUUGUGGAUGGAAGGAAGAUUAAAUUGGAAGGUCCUGAAGAGAAAAGUAAAAUACCCAAAUUCGAGAAGCCAGAGUUUGGAAUCUCCCUGACAAAAGGGAAAUGUCUGGAGACAGAGAUCAGUCCACCAAAAAUAGAAGCUGAACUACCCCAGAUAAAAAUGACAAAUGAAAUUGCUGACAUUGCUGUGGGAGUUCCAGCAUCAGAACUUACAUCUGAUAUGUCAGAUCUUGGAGUAGGUGUUCAUGCUUGUAAGAUAAAAACAUCCCAAGUUCCAACAGCUGCCACUGGAGAUGCAAAGGAAGAUAUAAGCCCCCAGUCAAUGUCUAAACCAAUGACAGAGGGAAUUAUUGAGAGCCUUGAGAAGAAAGAAGAGAAAACAGAUACCAGUCUUCCAAAGGAAGAGCUAGAUGUCCAAAAUCAAGAGGCUAAAAAAGGAAAGAAAAAGGGUGAGAUGAAAGUUACAGAAAAAGACAGUGAAGGUAGCCAGUUUAAAAGGCCUACGUGUGAAUGGUCUCCAACAAAGGGAUCAGAAGACAGUGCUUAUGUUACAGCUAAGCUGGGAGAUGUAAAGGUAGAAGUCCCAGGAGUGAAAAUGGAUGUUAAAAUUGCAAGAGUAGAUCCCGAAAUGAAAUUUCAAGUGAAAAGAGUUGAAAAGGACAUGUCUGAAGUGGUGGAAGCGCAAGUAGAAGAUAGAGCAGAAAUAAGUAAAAUUAAACCAUACAAGUUUAAGAUUCCAAAGUUCAGAGUGUUGCAUUCAGAAGCAAAGGGGCUUGAGGAUGAUAAACAUUUGCCAAAGUCAGAAGCUGAUUCAAUAUCUAAAACUGAAAUGGCCACGGCAGAAAUGCAGAUUCAAAAAUCAGAGGGAUCCACUGUCCAGAGAAGUCCUGUUCUAGAUCAUAUGGAAGCACCUGCCAGAAUACUAGCAGAAACAGUGGACAAAUCACAAGAUGGACCGGAAGUAAAUAUAAAAAUUCCAAAACUAAAAAUACCAAGUUUCACUUUCAGAGUUCUCCCAAUUGAAGCUGAUGUUUCAGUGUCAAAAGUGGUAACAGAUCCAAAGGGAUCCAGUACUGACAUUGAAGUAGUACAACUGCGAGAAGGCUCUGCAAGAUCUGAAGGAACAUCAGAGGCUCUAGAGAGUGGUAUUCAAAAAGCAAAAAGCAAAUUUCUAACACUGACUGAACCUGACAUUAAAACAGCACAUAUGACUACUACUAUAAAGUCCUCCCUUUCAAAUGCAGGGCAAGACAUUCAUUGGUCAUUUGAAGAGGGUCAAGAAGUGAGUGAGGAAGUUGAACCUGAACAUGUUGCUAUUGAAAGGUGUGAGAUUUAUACCACUGAGAUACUGAAAGAAUCAGAGAUUCUCUCACCAGAAGUCAAAACUGCCACUUUGGGGUUCUCGUUGCUCAAGGCGAAGUUGCCUGAAUCUCAAAGCAACUUAGAAGUCCUAGUUCAGCAGCCAUCUCCUACAGAAUAUGAAUCAGUGAGCAAGGCAAAAUGUGCUGAUGAAAGCUUCAGAGUAGAAACACAGAGGACCAGCAGUGCUGAGCUUAAACUAUCUGACAAGCCACACAGUGAGACUGAAGCAUCCAGUGGAGAAGUAAGCUUGCCAAAGUUAAAAACAUUUGCUGUAGAAGUAAAGCCUUCCAUUAAACCUGAAGAGAGUCAUCCUGAUAUGUCACUAGAGAGAAUAACUACAGAUCCUCUCUCUAAAGAUAAGGAUGCAGCUGAAGCACUAGAAGAUGAAGAAAAAGACACAUCCAAUGAAAAAGAAAAGACUGAUAGUAAAAGAUCUCCUGGAAGAUUCAAAUUUUGGCUUCCAAGUAUUGGGUUUUCAUCUUCUGGUGAGGAAACAACCACAGAUUCAAGAACAGAAGUAAAAAAAUCAGUUCCAGAAGAUAUGAAAUCCCCUGACACAUCAGAUAAUGAUUCUUCUAAACAAACUGAGAAAACUGGAUGGUUUAGAUUUCCUAAGCUUGGUUUCACAUCUCCUUCCAAAAAGGUUAAGACUGUUGAAAAAGAAGAGAUGGGUCAUAAAGAGGAAAGAAUCUCAGAUGAAGAUAGCCCAUCAGAUAAACCUGAUAUAUUUUUUGAUGCACAAGAAAGCUUAUCACCUAAAGAAACAACAGAAGGUGAAAAAGUUGAAAUUUAUCAAGUCUCUUCUAAUGUUGCAGUUUCUCGAGCUAUUGUGACAUCUUCAGCAAGAACUGAACUGAUCUUGUUGGAAGAAGAAAAAGACAGCCAAUCUAAUCUUCCUGGAGACUCAACUAAAUGA